UAACGUUCUUACAUGCGAAAAUUCGAUUUUUCUGCUAUUCUUUUCCAGUUAAUUCUUCUAAAAAAUAUUCAAAUGUAUAGAUUAAUCUACAAGAAAGCGAUAGAAAAGACGAGGUGGAAGCGGUCAGAGGUGACGUCGAGCACCUUUUCGUCGGAUUAAUUUGGACCAGAUUCGAAGACAAUACAACAAAACAAUUUUUAACGUCGCCAACAAAUAUCACUGGACUGUGUUGGUCUCUCCGGCGGCGCAUGCUCUGUUGGGCCUAGUCUGCAGCGUCGGCUGCAAUGGCAGGCAAUGAGACCUCGGCAGACAUGGCCAUGUGUACAGACAGUGAAGUGACUAAACUGAGAGGCACGAAAAUUUUUGUAAGUGUGGAAGAGGCCUUAAUUGACGUGCUGAUUGUAUCGUACCAUUGCGACAGCAAGGUCUUCCAAGGUGCGUUAUUGGACGUUAGUAAGAAAAACAGUCCGUAUGGCAUUCCAUUUAUCAGGCCGUGGGAUACAACCCCAGACUUAUCAACACCAGCUGCUGCUGUAGACGAUCGCUUUAAUACUCUAAGGCAAAGGCAUACCUACAACCAACAAGAUUAUACAAAUGAUCGUCAGGCAACGGGCAUCCGAUCUAGGAAGCCCCUGGCUAGAACAAUCAGGGACCAGAAUGUGCGAAUGAGAAGGCUGCGACCUCGCCAGGUACUCUGUUCUCAUUGUAGAGCCAUCUGCAAUGAGAAUUCGGAAAACGUGCAACUGGAAAACACUAGAAAGGCCAACAAAGAUUCGUGGAUGCGCUCUACACUUCACGAAUCGAAAACGACUCAGGACGAUCAGCACAGACAAUCGAAAACUCUAACUCCUGUACAAACAAAUAGUGUUCCAGAAGUACAAACUUCCAGAUCCGUGGAAAACGUAGUCGUUCCGAAAGUAGAAUCGGAACAGAAUCUCAGGUGCAAUGGUUCUACGGUCUACGGUUUGAUAAGGCCCGAGGAAGAAACUGCCAAAGUCGAUAACGAGUAUCAGGCCGUCUCGCAGAAUAUCUCCAAUAGAAUGAUAUUGAGAAAGAGGAAAUCCGAGGAUAUGGGUCACAAUUGUAGCGGUUGCGUGGUCCACCCCAAACACCGCAGGCUAGAAACGGUGUUGAGUCAGGAGAGGUUCGGUCCCAUGGAGGGUAGCGACGCCACCGUGGGUACCACUCAGACAAAAAAUUCCACCACAAAAACUAGUCCCGUUAUAAAGAUAUCUUUCAGCAAUCCGGAAGGGAGAGACACCGUGUUAAAAAUACCCGCUCGACUUCAAUCGGCCAGCGACACGGAGGAGGGGGGAACUACGCCCACUUGGACUAGUGGUGACGAUAGAACAAUUAAUGGUGCUUCGGCCGCUACCAAAGCUGCCAGAAAAGCCUUGAAGAAAGCCAAAAAAGACGCACAGAAAAAAUGCACGGCGGAACAACAGCACAAAAGUAGACAUCACCACAAGCAUAAAACCAAAAGAAAAAGAAAACACAGGGAGAUAGUCGAUGACGAAUUACCUCAGCUUUUAUCACCCAAUCCGGAUAGUUACUACGAAGAAGUUAAAAACAAAUGCCUCAAGCAGAAAUUGUCCAUCAGCCUCAAAAGACUCAAUGCCAAAGCGUACAUGAGAUGUAGCGAGAAGGGGAAGGACGAGGUGGAAGCGGAAGAGGAAGGGGGUGCGGGCGCCGGCAGUUCCGAAAGCGAAUACGGAGAAGUGCCAGAUUUUCCCGUGCACGAAUUAGUUAAGCCCCUGAUGAUGAGGAUCACCAGCCACAACGUCAAAAAAUGCGUGCUGGACAACGGUAGGGAGAUGGCCGUGGGCGACAUCGUCUGGGGGAAGAUCCACGGUUUUCCGUGGUGGCCCGGCAAGGUGUUGGCUCUGACGGUGUCUCAGAGAGACAACGGAGUCACCAUCAACCGGCAGGCUCACGUGGCCUGGUUUGGAUCGUCCACUUCGUCGUACAUGCCGUGCAGUCAACUGUCGCCUUUCCUCAACGAUUUCAAGACCAGAUACAACAAGAAGAAGAGAGGACCCUACAAGGAGGCCAUACGCCAAGCCACCUUGGAAGCAAGGCAGAUCGAUCAGUUACUAAACGUGACUGCCGAACUCGGUAUCAUUAAUAGGCCAGAUAGGCCAAGUGCAAUGUGUUAAGACGUCCAGUUAAUUUACUAUCAUUCUUCCUCCACAAAAAAAAGUUAUAUCAUGCAGUUUACGUGUAAAAAAAAUACCAAAAAUAAAAAAUAAUUUAAAUGCCAAAA